GCAAAGCCUCAGAAGAAUGGAAGACUCUACUCUUCCAGUCUUGGGCUGGGGAAUCUGACCAGCCCAAGAGGAAAGAUCUAAGACUGAUGGCAGAGGUUCCUCAAUGAAGGGCCCACUCAGAUCACCCUAAGUGAAGCUCAGUCUGUAUGCUGUGUAUAAAAGUGGUUUAUUAUCCAUGAUAAAUGAAAAUGGCCAAUACUUUACGAGGGGAAGUACUGAAUCUUUAUAAAAAUUUGCUGUACCUUGGACGAGAGUAUCCAAAAGGAGCAGACUAUUUUAAAAGGCGUCUGAAGAAUGCUUUCCUUAAAAACAAAGACGUGAAGGACCCAGAGAAGAUCAAAGAACUUAUUGGACGGGGCGAAUUUGUAAUGAAAGAGCUAGAAGCCUUGUAUUUCCUUAGGAAAUACAGAGCUAUGAAACAACGCUAUUAUUCAGAUACCAAAGACACUAACUGAUCAUUACCGUAAUUUAGCUGAAAACCAGUGCCAUCUAUUUAUGUAUAAUAUAAAAAUAAUUCCACUUAAAAUGGCAACAUAUACACAUCAUGUAAAAAAUAGUUAAGCUGCCUUACUGAACUAAAAACAGGUUUCAACUUCUAGUCAUACUAAGUUUUAUCAGCAAUCCUUUAUGCACAAUUUUAUACUGGAAUAGAAACUUAGCUACAUAAUGUUGCCAACUACAAGUUACAAAUUAAUGAGCACCUAGUUUCAAAUGAAAAAAUAAUGUACUUAAAAUGGUUUUAACUUAAUAGGUUUUUGCCAAAUACUGUCAGCCCAUUUCUCCAUUUUACUGACAAUGCCACUUAAUUCACAUGUAACUAGGCAAAAUAAUUUCUUGAACAUUAUUCUAUUAAUUUUUGAAGGAGCACCUUAUUUUUGGCUCCAUUUGGUACAUUAGGAAGGUUCACUACAAAUCAAAUAGCAUCUGGUCAUGAUUUUAGUGCAGUUAGAGAAAUAAUAUACAUGAAGAUUACUUCUGAUCUUGAAAUAGCCUGCCAGCAAUUGGCAUUUCACACAAACCUAUUCAAUGUUUCCAUUAUUUUGCUGCUAGCUCCCUUUGGGCCUUAAAACAAAUUUUACCUGUUGUGUAUCAAUUACCUUCUCUGAUAAAAAGUAAUAAAUAUUGUUAUUUUUGUCAUAAAGGCAGAUCUGUUUUGUACAUACUUCUAAACAUGGCAAUGGACUUAAACCUAAGAUGGUCUUAAGCUUAUGCAACACUUAAACCUUCACAUAAUGUUCAUAGUACCUUUCAUAAAUAAAGAAUAUUUCUAACUUAGAAGCUGCAAAAAAAAAGAUUUACUAAUACACUAUAGUGUCAGUGGCUUAGAAACUACUCAAUGUCAAUUGUGGGGCAAAUGUUUCAAACUUCUAUGAAGAAAUACACACUGCCAUAGACACCGUAACUUUUUAUUACAUUACAAUAAUUAGGAGCAGUACAGUUCAUGACAAAAAUAUUACAAAUUUCAGAUCACUUCACAGCACAUACUCCUAUAAACAUUUAAAAGUUAAUUUUAGUGAAAAGAGUGGUCAUUUUUAAAUGUAAUGUUUGAUAUGACCAACAUUCCUAGGUCAGAGCAACCAAAUGAUGGAAAACAAACUGGAUCACACUGCGUAUGCCCCACAAAAAAAGCACAAUGUACAAAAUGUGCAUGUUUCAGUUUACACUAUACAAAAAUAGUUAAAAUACAUUCCAGGUAAACAUGUUACAUUAAGAAAUAGUACUAGUAAGAAAUUGGCACUCAAAGGAAAAAUGCAAAAGUAUUUUCAACAUGAAAACACAAGACAGUGGAACUGGAAACUUUUGGAUAAAAUAUUACAUAACCCAUUUAGCUCUAUGGGGAGGUGGACCCUCUGUAACCCACACUUCUGUAGGUAAUAACUGUUUUCCCUAAAUUCAUCUAAAUUAACCUAAAGAUGGUCUUAAGGUUAUGCAUCAUCCCAAACAGGCACUUAAAACUAUUAAACUAAAACAAGUAUUAAUCUAGUUAUGACUGUGUUUUUAAAACUGAUGUGAAUGUAUCUCUAGAAAGUAAUUUUCAUUUUCUGAAAGAAUUUGCAGCUAUCAGUUGUAUGCUGUUGAAUUUAUCAAAACAGAUUUCAUGCUACCCAAUAUUAACACGAAGUUAUUAAAUAUAAAUUCAGUUUUAUAGUAACUGAUAGGUUUUUAAAAACCAUUAGUACAUAAUUAUCAAGAAAUUAUUACUUUUUGACAAAUGUAAAUGACAGUUUUUAUUGCCUACAAAAUAACUGUGUAUAUACUGUUUAG